UGUCUGAAAAGUGCAAGUAAAACGAGCAGAUCCGCUGACAUCACGUCUUCGAUGGCAAGAAAGAGAGAAAAAGGAACGCUAGUCGGAUUAAUGUUAUACGAUCACUGUUCAAUAUUUUCUUUUAAUUCGAAUAAAAUGUCGGAUAUAUCCACACACGUUCAGUGCUUCUCCAUACGAUAACAAGCCAUUCUAUAUACUUAUUUGCGCUUUAUAACCUAUAACACAUAUUUUUCCGUUUAAUCAUUUUAAUCGUCAUCAAAAGAAUACGAAAUGACAUCCUCACAUACAACUGAAUUGACUGAGCAAUUAGUUCGAGAUUAUACGAGUUAUGCAAAAGUAAACUGGGACGACCAGAUGAAAGAUUUCCGUGAUAUCAUUGAGGAUACAUUAAUACGCUUGGAGGAGUUCCAGUCUAUCGUCGCAAUGGUGAAAAGUGAAAGCACAGAAUGCAUGCAACAACAUCUUCCAAAGUUGCAGUACAUGAAGGAUGGCAUGGCAAAUCUUCGUAAAAGGAUAGAUGCCCUGGAACAUGUUGUUGCAAUGGUUAAUAUGAACUUAAAUGCAUUAGAAGCUGCUGUAGAUAAGACAGAAGCUGAGUUAGGUGUGUCAGACAGAUUAUUUGGCAUGCUGAAUCCUUUAUCAUUUUUUAAGAAAACUCAAGAGCCUGUUGCUACCGGAACAGUGCCAAUAUACAAAUCGCCACCAAUCUACAAGUCUGAUGAUUAUUUUCAAAGGGACUGAAGUAUAAGUUGGUGAAAAAGACUAUAUAAUGUACCUGUUGUUAGACUUGGAAAAUUAUCUAUAAGCCCAGACAAAUCAGUUAUAUCUAGUUAUAUCUGCUGCGAAGAAGGAAAGAGAACCGAACAUUGAUGGAUUUGUAUCGCGUUGCGCAUUCACCAUACUACAAUGAUCAGUAGUUAUUCAGUUGGCAAGGUUUAUUUUUACCCGCUUCUCUUUCAUAGGCAACUCAAUCGCCAGUUAUACGAUGAGGUCAUUUUGUUAGAUUUUUGAGACUUGUGAAAGUAUCGUGAAAUGAUCGUUCAUAUAUACCACCGCGAUUCCUAAGUCGUAAAUUCCUCUCGUAUUUCCUGUAUUACGUAAAGGAUAAAAUAUCACAGAUAACAAUUAA